AUGGCUCAUACCCAGCCGUCGCCCACGGGAGGCGUCACCCCUCACCAUGGUCAUAUCGCAACCCAUCCACAGGUCAACGGACACAUUCAGUUGCAGUCUCAAGGCCAAAAGGGUCACCCCCUCAACACGGCUCAAAAGAUUGCUGCGCUCAAUGAGCAGGUCUGGCUUCAAAUUGGGAGUUUGACCGAGCUGAUGGGCGACCUUGAUGGCGCAAUGAAUGCGUAUGAGCAGGCUUUGCGCCACAACCAAUGGUCUAUUCCUGGCAUGAAUGCGGUAUCCUGUAUUUUGCGAACAAAGGAGCAGUUUCCGAAGGCCAUUGAAUAUCUUCAGAAUAUCCUGAAACUGGACCCAACGAGUGGAGAAACUUGGGGUAGUUUGGGUCAUUGCCACCUCAUGAUGGACAACCUGCAAGAAGCCUAUACUUCUUAUCAGCAGGCGCUUUAUCAUUUGCGUGAUCCCAAGGAACCCAAGCUUUGGUAUGGAAUUGGUAUUUUGUACGAUCGCUACGGCUCUCUCGAUCACGCCGAAGAGGCAUUCUCCCAGGUCAUGCGGAUGGCGCCCGACUUCGAAAAGGCGAACGAGAUUUAUUUCCGCCUGGGAAUCAUCUACAAGCAGCAGCAGAAAUUUAACCAGAGUCUGGAGUGCUUCAAAUACAUUGUUACCGACCCUCCUCGCCCGUUGACGGAAGAAGAUAUUUGGUUCCAAAUUGGCCAUGUCCACGAGCAGCAGAAGGAUUUUGAAGCUGCGCAGCAGGCUUACAGGCGGGUGUUGGAUCGCGACCCGAACCACGCAAAGGUCUUGCAACAGCUUGGAUGGCUGUACCACCAGCAGAGUACCAGCUAUGCGAGCCAGGAGAAGGCCAUUGAGUACCUCGAGAAAUCAGUCAGCGCUGAUAACAGUGACGCGCAGAGUUGGUAUCUACUUGGACGUUGCUACAUGUCUCAAGCCAAGUACCCUAAAGCCUACGAAGCUUACCAACAGGCGGUCUACCGCGACGGAAGAAACCCGACAUUCUGGUGCUCGAUCGGUGUGCUCUAUUACCAGAUCAACCAAUACCGCGACGCUUUGGAUGCCUACUCUCGUGCCAUCCGCCUAAACCCCUACAUUUCGGAGGUUUGGUAUGAUCUGGGCACUUUGUAUGAGUCUUGCAACAACCAAAUCGCGGAUGCCCUCGAUGCCUACGGUCGCGCGGCUGAUCUCGACCCUACCAACGUUCACAUCAAAGCACGUCUGCAACUUCUCCAGAGUCAGCUUUCGGGCUCCAACCAAAACAACGCUCCCGCGCCUCAGCCCCAAGAUGUUCACCCCCAGGCUUACCAAGCCCCUGGUGUUGGCGGACCCCCGGCGCCUCAGUGGGCCGCACCGACCCCGACCGGAGGACCCCCUCCUCAGCCUCCAGCACCCCCAAGGCAGAUCGCCGAUUGGAACCGGGGCAUCAACGAGCUGCAGUCGGCCCAGGUGCAAAGCGCGAACGGAUUCGAUCACCGUGAUGCGCUUCGAGCUCCGGGAGCUAUCCAACAACCUAGUCCGCGACAGGAACCAGGAAGGAUGUUCCCAGAAGUCAUCCGUGCACCGCCAUCGGCGCGUUCUCCCAAGACCACCAUUGCCGGCGGCCCUACUGUUUACACGCCAGCUCACGCUCUCCCGCAACUUGCCAAUCCCCCGGCGCCUUCUCACGAACGUGCUCCCAGUGGUCCUGUGCCUUUCGCCUCUGCUUCUCGCGGCCCGCUGCCUCCCGCUGCCGCGCCUCCGGCUGGACCUGGUGCUCCCAAUGGUGCUCCCACAUCUGGUGGGCCUUUGCCUCCCUACCAUCGCCCUUUCACUCCGCCGGCUGAGAUCAGGCCCCUCCGUGAUGAACGUCCAUCCUCCCCCGGAUCUACCUACCCCCAUCAACAGUACCACCACGGCCCUAGUGUGCCGGUGCAAACUCCUGGCAGCACGGGCAUCGCUGGUGGUGCACCUCCCCCUCCCUCUGCCAUCACUGCUGCUGAGGUUGCUGCCCGCGAGCGUGAGGAUCGUCCCGCCUCGGCUAUGAAACGUGGUCGGGAAUGGGAUACUGAGACGGGCCCUGUCAAGAAGAUCGCCAACGAAGAGACUCGCGCUCGUCUGGAUGAGCAGGUCACUCGUCGCGUGACUCCCCCGAACCGCAUUCCCUCGCCUGGCGAGAUUCAGCGUCGUAGCUCGUCUGAGGUCCGACGUGAAGAUCAACGUCGCGUCAACGAGAACUACCAUCCGUCCGAAGCGGCUCAUCAUCCUCCCACGUUGCCUUCUAUUCAGCACAUGCCUCCCCACCCUUCCGGCGGACCCAGCCUUCCCCCGAUGGCUGAAAGCUCUGCUCCGGCGUCGAACGGACCUCCGUCUGGCCCACCAUCUGCGCAGCUACCGGUCAAGGAGGAGCCCACUCGUGGUGAACAAGCCCCUGCUCACGAGCCUGCUGCACGGAAAAUGGAUGUGGACGAGAAUUACGACGAUGACGAAGAUGAUAAGCGGGCGAGCACCGUUGCGAAGGGCAGCCCUGGGAGUGGGUCGGGCAGUGUCAACAACAGCACCAGUGGGGGUCUAAGCGGAGGCGCCCCGAAACAAGAGUCUGCCGCCUAA